AUGCACGCCGGUCGUAUCCAUCGACGCAAGCAGUUUUCAAGCUGCGAUUUAUGCCGCAAGUCUCGCGUGGCCUGCGAUGCUCUGCGAAGACGUCCCGCGACCGGGGAGUCGAGUGUCGCUGCUUGCAGUCGCUGUGCGGCUCGGAACCGACACUGCAGCUUUGAGUGGAUGAAGAAGGUUGUUUCGAGAGCCGAUGGGUCCAGCCCAUCUUCGGAUCGCUGGGAUCAGCUUCUCUCCCCGCCCCCGACAUACGGCGGGGGCCAGCACGGCGGGCUCAAUUUGACCCCACAGUUAGAUCCCCUUGCAGAAGGAUCGUCUAUCAACAGUGCAGAUGAUGUUCCCCUACACAGUGACCAUGGGACCCCUACCCCCUCUGCGCGUUCACAGAUUAUCUGCAGAGAGGUCGCGGACUGGCUUCGGUUGAUGUAUGAGGAUGUCUUUGAACAGGUGUUUGGAUCUUGGCUAGGCAAUUACAGUUGCCCAUUUGCAUUCGGGGAGAAUGGUCAUUUGGAAAGCAGUGCGAGUCACCAGGGAGAGCUCUCUCUCUCAGUCAGCAUCUCAUCACUCUGCAGGCAAUUUGACCAAUUGAUGAAGGAUCUAGAACGGCAGGGACAGAGUGGCGCAAGGGCUCAGCCACCCACGCAAGCUGAAUUGAUGAAGGAAUGGCAGAUUGAAAAUACCUUGAACCAAGCGGUCCAAACCUUUUCCGCCCGUUGGCUCCCUCUGACUUUUUACUCGGCUGAUCAGAAACUGGCACAAACCCCAUUAAUUCAAUCUCUUUGGCGGGAACUUGGAAAGAACCUUCCCCGGUCCAUGAAUCGGCCCUGUUAUCGGUCCAUGCUGAGUUUAUACCUCUAUGCCAUGGUCCCAGUGCCUGUCGGUAUUCCAGAAGACGAGGAAGAAAACAGCAUUCCUGCACAGGUAUGCGUCCAGGCUGCUUUGCAGCAAGUACAGUUUCUUCGCGCUCGUCAAAGAAGUCUCGAAUUCAACGGUUCCAAAGUCUCCCUUCUAUCAGACCAAGCGGCCCCAAUAUCCACGCCGGAGCAGAUCCGAUCCGAGUUCAUGAACAUUGAGAGCAUGAUAUACUGGGCAGCUCUCACCUUUGACACUUCAUCUUCAUUAACCUUCAAUACUAAAUCGGUCCUCUCCUCCGGCCUCCUGGGCUGGGAGUCGGAAUCAUCGUGGCGGAUGGUCCAAACCUGUACGAAUAUAUUCCACGAACAAUCGGAGAGAUGGCGUGUUCACGGAGUAUUGGUUACCGAAGAAACUGCAAAUCAAAUUAUUGCGGCAGCUCAAGCAUGGAAACUUCGCGUUUGGAAGAUGGGCACGAUUCUGAAGGAAGCUCUUCGCGAAGGCCAUGGGGAAGACGCUGUUCAUCAUGCGCAUACCUCUGCAGCCGAGGCGAUCCGACAGUUCAAUGUCACUUACCGCCCCUUGCUAGCCGCCUGCGAGCGACGCCUUCAGUUUUUGUCUCAGCAUACAAAGCUGCGUUGGUAUGAAUUGAUGGUGCAUCACCACUUGUGCAUCUUGAUAAUGAUAGACGCCAUUGAGAUCGCAUCCAGAGAAGACAUUCUCGAGAAGAUGAGUGUUACCAAAUCCGACGCUCAGGGCAGCCUGCUGAACUGUCUACAAUUUGGCCUCAGCAACCAGUACACAAUACCCACACGCCAAGGACUAGACAGUGACAGUAGCGAUGGUUCAUUUCCACUAGUUGCCAUCGACCCUUAUCCCCACCAUGUCCUUGCGGGCGUACAACUUUUAUGGAAAGGGAUCGAACGAGAUUACGACGAUGGCCAGAUGGAUCAAACGACGUGCGAAAAUUUGCAGUCAAUUCUACUCCAGACGCUCGAAUUACUUCCGCAAACUUCCAAGUCGGUUUACAAAGGUACAGAGCAGGCUCAGCUAGCGUCCAUAAGGCAGCAGUAG